UAAGCACAUGAAAUGACCACAGACGGCCAACAAACUUUUAGGAACAAGGCGCGGACAAAGUAGCUUGUCUGCGCCGCUCAUGGCUUCACUUCUAGACUUCCGUGGGCCAGCUUUCAUUUUGGACCAAGUACAAUAGAGUGCAGUUCUACAAAACAAUUAGUUCAAAGUUAGCUUAGACCCACAGAUAAUUAGUCUAGGAAGCUGCUGAAACCUCACUGUCUGCGCAUUUUGCUCUAACUAUAAGUACAGAUAAGUCCCAUAUUUCCAGGAUAGACCAAGAUGUCGAACAAACCAUGCGGUGUUAUGAUUGGCCCACUACGCACCAACAUGGACCCUGACACAAUGGCCAAGAACGUAUUCCGUGUACUCAGCACCGUGGGAUUCCGAUGCGACCAAAUCAAGUCGAUAUCCGUCAACCCCGAGGCUGGGUUCGCCAGAGUCGACUUGUUCAAUCCCGAGCAAGAGUUGUAUGCUGUUAAGGUGAUGACGGAGCUGAGCAGCAUCAUAAAUUUAUUUGAUCUACGGCGUCUUACAGACGACCCGAGCGUGAUGAAGACGAUCAGUUUUCAACAAGUUAGAACACAGAUAAAGUCACCAAGUACGGACGUCGAUGAAGGGAUUAGAGAAAUGGGAAAAACGGCUCCUUUUAGAACCUACGAGCCAAAAGACACGCGGGGUUUGUGCGUGAUUUGGGGAGAAAACUUUACCCCUGUUCCGCCCGAGAACAAAAGCGUCAGACUGUCCGAUCCGCAUCGCUUUGCCACAGAAUGGGAAUUACCUGAGGAUGCCCCAAGCAGGAUUAAACCAAAAAUGGACGAUCAAGCAACCAGCACCGAAAUGAUACAGAAGAGCUUCUGUUAUGGCCCCUUCUACUUCGAGGACAAUAUGAGAAUAGUGCCGCGAGCGGGGUACGCGGGAGCGUACAAGUGUUACCCAGAUUAUGAUCCAGAUAGACAUUUAAACGCUCUGGCAGAUGUGGCAGCUACCCACAUUGUUGCGUUCCUCAACUCAUGCAAUGGUACCCUGUUCAUUGGCGUGGACUCCAACGGCAUACCGGUAGAGUUCGAGCUAGAUAGUUAUCAAAGAGACGAAAUCCUCCUGGCUAUUGAUCAAAAGAUCACAUACAUAACUCCAUGGGUUCGACCGAGUCUGUACAAGAUAUACUACGUACCCGUAAUAGGUGAUGAAGUCGGUAUCUUGCCAAAAAAGGUUAUCCUAGUUAUUGAUGUGAAACGCGAAAUAAUAAGGGGGAAACAAUACCAAUACGACGAUUAUAUCCACUGGUUCAAAGGAGGGAGAGUAGUGCAGAGCACUUGUCUAAUACCACUAAAAAUGAAGGAUGACAAGAAUGACAAGAAUGCAAAGAAUGCAAAGAAUGCAAAGAAAUAAAGCUACUUCAUGUGCA